AUGGCACCUCCUGGAGCUCCCUGGGCCUACAGAAUUCAAGUCACCUUAGAGUCUCAACUUCCUUCUAAGAGGAAGGGCAGGCCUCCACCCGGGGUCCCACUGCUGUUUGCCAGCUCGGACCCCCUGUGUCUCUCCAGCGCCUUUGAAGUCUUCUCCAUUGUGGGGGAGGAGGGUGACGCCCCCACGAGUGACGCCCCCACCAGUGACGCCCCCCCAGCAGUGACGCCCCCCACCAGUGACGCCCCCACGAGUGACGCCCCCACGAGUGACGCCCCACCAGUGACGCCCCCCACCAUGACGCCCCCACCAGUGACGCCCCCCACGAGUGACGCCCCCACGAGUGACGCCCCACCAGUGACGCCCCCCACCAUGACGCCCCCACAAGUGACACCCCCACCAGUGACGCCCGCACCAGUGACGCCCCCACCAGUGACGCCCCCACCAGUGACGCCCCCACGAGCGACGCCCCCACCAGUGACGCCCCCACGAGUGACGCCCACACCAGUGACGCCCCCACCAGUGACGCCCCCACCAGUGACGCCUCCAUCAGUGACGCCCCCACCAGUGACGCCUCCAUCAGUGACGCCCCCCACGAGUGACGCCCCCACCAGUGACGCCUCCAUCAGUGACGCCCCCACGAGUGAUGCCCCCACGAGUGACGCCCCCACCAGUGACGCCCCACCAGUGACGCCCCCCACCAGUGACGCCCACACCAGUGACGCCCCCACGAGUGACGCCCCCACGAGUGACGCCUCCAUCAGUGACGCCCCCACGAGUGAUGCCCCCACGAGUGACGCCCCCACCAGUGACGCCCCACCAGUGACGCCCCCACGAGUGACGCCCCCACGAGUGACACCCACACGAGUGACGCCCCCACCAGUGACGCCCCACCAUGACGCCCCACCAGUGACGCCCCCACGAGUGACACCCCCACGAGUGACGCCCCCACCAGUGACGCCCCCCAUCAGUGACGCCCCCACGAGUGAUGCCCCCACGAGUGACGCCCCCACGAGUGACGCCCCCACGAUGACGCCCCCACCAGUGACGCCCCCACCAGUGACGCCUCCAUCAGUGACGCCCCCCACGAGUGACGCCCCCACCAGUGACGCCCCCACCAUGACGCCCCCACCAGUGACGCCCCCCACGAGUGACGCCCCCACCAGUGACGCCCCCACCAGUGACGCCCCCACCAGUGACGCCUCCAUCAUGACGCCCCCACGAGUGACGCCCCCACGAGUGACGCCCCCACGAGUGACGCCCCCACCAGUGACGCCUCCAUCAGUGACGCCCCCCACGAGUGACGCCCCCACCAGUGACGCCCCACCAGUGACGCCCCCACCAGUGACGCCUCCAUCAGUGACGCCCCCCACGAGUGACGCCCCCACCAGUGACGCCCCCACCAUGACGCCCACACCAGUGACGCCCCCACGAGUGACGCCCCCACCAGUGACGCCCCCACCAGUGACGCCCACACCAGUGACGCCCCCACGAGUGACGCCCCCACGAGUGACGCCUCCACGAGUGACGCCCCCACGAGUGACGCCCCCACGAGUGACGCCCCCACCAGUCACGCCCCCACCAGUCACGCCCCCCACCAGUGACGCCCCCACCAGUGACGCCCCCACGAGUGACGCCCCCAUGAGUGACGCCCCCCACGAGUGA